CAUCCCAACAUGCACUGCGUCCCUAACGGCUCCAUACUAGAGGACCUCAUUGCCGGGUGGCUACAGGCCGAGUGGAUUCGGGAAUAUUGGAGCCGAACCGAACCGGCCGAACUCCCCUGGAGAGCCGAGGCUGUUAUUGGACCGUAGUAUCCUGGGCAUCCCUAGGAUUGCAGCGCGUGCCGCGGGGCCAGCAGCGUUGAAGUCGAGAAGAGGGGGGACACCGCAGGGGGACAACAACGAACCGAGCAACCCGAACCAGGCUGUAGCUAUCCUGAUGGAGCUGGAGAUUACCAGAUCCGACCUGGGAGCCAUGGCCGAGUCACUGCAGCCCCAAACCCCGAGCAGACACGAAAAGAGUCUGGGAUUGCUAACAACCAAAUUUGUUACUUUACUCCAAGAGGCCAAGGACGGAGUUCUAGACCUGAAAGUAGCGGCCGACACCCUCGCUGUGAGGCAGAAGAGGCGCAUCUAUGACAUCACCAACGUCCUGGAAGGCAUCGGGCUCAUCGAGAAGAAGUCCAAGAACAGCAUUCAGUGGAAGGGUGUCGGCCCCGGGUGCAACACGCGGGAGAUCGCGGACAAGCUGAUCGACCUGAAGGCGGAGCUGGAGGACCUGGACCGGCGGGAACACGAGCUGGACCAGCAGCGGGUCUGGGUCCAGCAGAGCAUCAAGAACGUGACGGACGACACGCAGAACAGCAAGCUGGCUUAUGUUACCCACGAAGACAUCUGCGGCUGCUUCAAAGGUGACACUCUCCUGGCAAUUCGAGCUCCCUCAGGCACGCAGUUGGAGGUGCCCAUACCUGAGGCAGCGCUGAACAGCCAGAAGAAGUAUCAGAUCCACUUGAAGAGCACUUCCGGCGCCAUCGAGGUCCUGCUGGUCAACAAGGACACGUCUGGCUCCGCCCCCGUGGUCCUGCCCGUCCCCCCGCCAGAGGACAUGUUCCAGAGCCUCCCCACCCCCUCCGCCACGGCCGCCGCCCCCAAGGGCGAGACCCCGCCCGCCCAGCCCGCGGCGGACCAAUCGCCAUCCUCCGCCGCGGCCUCGCCCGUCUCCGCCCCCGCGGUGCCCACACCCGAAACUUCCAGCAACAGCACCAGCGCACUUGAGCUUGCCCCGCCCGUCGCAGACACACCGGCCAAUGAGACGUCCUCCCUGGACACCCAGCCCCUCCAAUCUUCCGCCUCAUUGGACAGCAGCUCCUCGAUCCCGGCCUCCUCCGCAGUCUUCGAGCCCAUCAAGGCGGAUCCUUCAGAGAUGCUGGACUUCCCUAAAGAACUCACGGAGAUGUUGGACCCAACUAAAGAAAUUAUGAGCCCUGACCUUUUGGAAGAGCUCAUGGCUUCUGAAGUGUUCUCUCCUCUCCUCCGUCUCUCUCCUCCACCUGGCGACCACGACUACAUCUAUAACCUGGACGAGAGCGAAGGUCUCUGUGACCUGUUUGAUGUGCCCAUCCUUAACCUUUGACCCCUGACCUCGGCCACUGGGCGUAUGUGAAUAGGGAUUUUAACAGGAAGAAAGAACUUUUUUUUUUUUUACCCUUUUUUGUGGGAAAAAAAGAAGAAUGAAUAUAUUUUUGGAUCCUUGUAUUAUAAGCUGAUUUGGUUGAACUAACGAAGUUUUUUUUUUUUUUUUUUGUUUUAAAAUCACUAUUUACCCCGACCUUUUUCCUUCUCCAAAAGCAAGUCAUUUUUUUCUGUACUCAUGACAGUUUCUGGGAGAUCAGCACUUGCCUCCCAGCUUCAGUUGUGGUGUACGCAUCGUUUGUGUGGCUGACACCCUUUUAAUGUAAUCAAUACCAUCCUUAUUUAUAGAACCCACACGCAAGUGGGUGAUAAGUGUAGUACUUUUCUUUUUUUGUCUCUCUUUCUUUGUUUAAAGAGCUUGUUUUUCAUUUUGAACUUGUGCGCUAAGAAUGGAGCUAAGAGGCUGACUGGAAACGAGCAGUGCGCCCUCUACAGGAUGAGUGUGGAAACGAAGAGGACAGAGCAUGACGUUCACGAGGCUGCAGUUACCCUUCUGUCCAGGAGAUGGCGCCAGAGUGCCGGAAGCAGUGCCUGGCUGACGUUUGUUAGAUGCCUCAUACCAGCAACAACCCCCCCCCCCUUCCCUCAGAGUCCUGUGUGCUAUCAGUUCUGCUAAAGCCAUCCGUCCUGUCAUCGUACACACCACCAGUCACUUAUUAAAAAGAAAAAAAAAAAGAAGGGGGUUCAACUUUAGUUUGCUUUUAUUUCGAGACAAAUGUAAAUUUGUCCGAAGAUAUUUUGCGAUCUCUUCUUGCCUGAAGUGUAGAAGGUUUUCAAGCUUGUUUUUAAUCAGAAUUCAUUUUUGCGUGUGUGUGUGUGUGCAUAUUUGCGUGUGUGUGUGUGUACGUGUUUGCGCGCGUGUGCGUGUGCUUAUCUACAAGAGGGAGCGAAUUGUAGCCCACAGUCAUAAUGCCCAGUAUAUUCAGAAACUCAUGUUCGUAUUGAUGUGCGUUUGUUUUGCAGGCUUAUCGGCGCCAGGUGUCACCGAUGCAGAAUGUGUGACAUAUUACGGUGCUGUCAGGGUGUAGAAAACGGCCAAUGUGCUGCCCCCCCCCCAACCCCCCCCCCCCUCGCCCCCCCGACGGGAGAGUCUGCCGGCCCCGCCGGCGUCUGUAACCGGACUCCUGGAGUAUCGGCAUGUCCCGCAUCACCUGCCUGUCCAGGUGUGUGUACGCAACACCUGCGCUGUCCUCCGCACUGCCCUGGCUGCGGUGAGGCAGAUGAAUCGCCAACCAAGCAAAAUAUAUUUAAUGUUUUUUGGUGGCUCGACAGACCUGAACGUUAAGGCUCCAAGUACUGCUUUUAAACAAAUGUGUCACUCACCCCAAGGGGUGGCUAGUGGUACCUAUCACCCUCUGACCUCUGACACGUCAGUCUGGACAUGUGCGCGGUGUAAAGAGGUUAGGCGAGAGUUGCGUUGUCACGGCGAUUCGCACGAGGUCGGUUUUCACUUUUUAUUAUUUUACAGGGUCUUGUGAUGCUUUCGGGACGUCCGGGCGACGUUGACGUGACCUUUCAGUGGUCUGCGUCUGCACGGGUGUGCUUGAAGCAAGUUUAACCCAUUUAUGGGGCAAAUGUAAUCUGGAGUAUAAGCUAAGAACAGACCAUAUGAAGAAUUGUUGUAGGUAAAAAAAAGAAAAAAAAAAAGAAAAGUGUUAUUUGCAUUUGACUUUUUUUGUCUAGGUUUUUACCAUAUUAUUUUCCAGUAGGGCCAGCUAGCUAUAUUGAUGGACUUGGGAACAUGUCAACGUUAAUGGGAAAGCAGACGGAUCCAUGUUGGAAUAAUUGAGUUAUUCCUUUGAUUAGAUCUGUCCCAUGCUUCCGUCUGCUGUCAAGAGUGAAAUGAUGUCACAAUCAGGGUGAACUCCCCUCUCUCCCCCCCAACGGGUUUCCUGGGUUGGGUCACAGGAUAUAUUAAAAAAUCUUCCCCAGUGAGAUUGUAACAGAUCUGUUUAUUGGUUUAGCUACUGUAGGAGAGCCAACACCAGGUUUGAUCUCUCUGGUUUUUACCCCCUAUUUGCGAAAUUUUCACAAGUUCGCUGGUUGUACCUCAAAGUGCUCAGAUAUGAAACCUUGUUUGGGGGGGAGUCUGUUCUGUUUGGAACACACAGGGCCCCACAGACCCUGUCACUGUUCGUUUGGGACAGAUGGUGGCAUGGACUCAUAGCAGCCGCCCCCCCCCCCCCCAAUCCAAAUUUAACUGCAGUUCAAACAGACAGUGCACAGCAGGAAAAAAUCUGUGCCUGUGUCUAUGUCCUGCUGUCAAAAAAAGGUUUGUUGUACAAAUGUGUGUGUGUGUGAGAGAAAGAGAGAGACUCUGCGUGUAUGUGUGUGAGAGAGAGACUGCGCAUAUGUGUGUGUGUGUAUGAGAGAGAGAGAGACUGCGCAUACGUGUGUGUGUGUGUGUGUGUAUGAGAGAGAGAGACUGCGCAUAUGUGUGUGUGUCUCUUCUGUCGCAGUGGCUGUAAACGUUGAUCAGAUUUCUCUGUUCUUGUCCAGAGCAGGGGCCGAUUUUUUGUAUUUGGAGUAGAAAGGGUUCCACCUGACACACCUGGGCAAGGCUGGGCGGUACUUGGAAUGGGGGAUAAAAGGUGUGCUGUUCUGUGAUUGGCUGAACGCAGAGUUCGCUGGAACCGCUGCUUUUUAAAAUUUUUAUCCCUUGUAAAGAUUUUUUCCAAAAAUUAUUUUUGGUGCGUCUUAAAUUGUUUUAUCAACACUGUCCUCUUAUAAUCGUUUUAUCCCACUGUCUCCACUCACAUUGAAGUUGUAUCUUAUCCAAGAGUUGGUAUAUUUGUGCUGCCUAAAUGUGUAGCUGUACUGUGCAUCCCAAAAAGGAAUAAGUUCUUAUAUGGUUAUAUACUGAACUGAAUACCGUUCAUGUGUUGUUUUUUCUGAGUGUGCACGUGUGUGUGUGUGUGUGUGUGUGUGUGUGUGUGUGUGUGUGUGUACAAGCACUUCUGAAUGAAUGUGAAAUUAACUAAUGAAAUUUCUUUUUAAAGGGAUGUUUUCUAAAAAAAAAUUUUUUAAAAACAACAAAACAAAAGCAGUGCCAUGACAUCAACUAAUCUGAACAGUAGUAUAUAUAUAUAUAUAUAUAUUUUUUUUUUCCCCAGAAGCCUGUGUGUGGUCUUGCUUAAGACAUUAUUUUUGUUUGGCUUUAUCUCUGAGUACCCACUGCAUCACCUUUUUGACUGUAUAUCUGUAUAACACCAUUUUAGAUAUGUAUACAUGUUAAGUGUGUGUGUGUGUGUGUGCGUGCGUGCGUGCGUGUGUGCGCGUGCGUGCUUGUGUGUGUGGAGAGGGGAUGUCCAAGUGUUUUUAAACACUCAAGUUUUUUACUUGUUCAUGCCAUUCUAGGCAGUGCAGUUCUGUUUGUAUACAGUGAGCAUUUAUUUUUAUAUUUGUGGAAUAUACAAAAAAAAAUCAUUUGGAUUUUUUUCUAUAUAUAUGUAUGAAUAUAUAUAAUUUGUAUUGAUCCAAGUCAUCUCAACAUGGAUAUUUACAAUAGUACUCCCAGUUAAAAAUACACCUGGACUCCUGGUGUUGAAGCUGUCGCCUGUAUUUUGAGGUAUGACUUCAACGCGGAAGCCUUUGGUGUCCAGGGAAUUCUUCCUAUAUAAAUAUAUAUUUUUAAACAAACUUCAGGAUUUGUAGAGAGGCCAAGCGUAUGUAAGAGAAUAUUUGUAACAGAAUGGUUCUCUAUGUCUAUAGUUACUACCCGUACCACAGAAAGAGAUUUGAAUAAAUAAAUAAAUAAA